AUUUUAAACCGCGCGAGGCGGCAACGGAACCGGCGCGUGAGGCGGAGGCGGUUGGAGCUUCGGGGCUGGGAGACGAGAUCAUAAACAGUCCGUGUGCCGGUUUGAAUUGACAUAAUUCAGAAGACAAUCCCAUCAUUUCUUUGGAAACACUAAGAAAAAAGCUAUGGCAAAGCGCUUAAAAGCUAAGCCCAUCUCGGACUACCCUGGAAGCCCGUACCGAGCCAUUUCUCAUCUUGAGACGCUAGCUACUAUAGACUUUCCUGGAGCAGACACUUUGGACAAAUUGUUUGACCAUGCUGUAGCAAAGUUUGGGAGAAAGGAUUGUCUUGGAACGAGAGAGAUCUUGAGCGAAGAAAAUGAAAUGCAGCCCAAUGGAAAAGUGUUUAAAAAGCUAAUCCUAGGAAACUAUAGAUGGCUAAACUAUGAAGAAGUGAACCAGAAAGUGAACCACUUUGGGAGUGGAUUAGCUGCAAUAGGACUGAAACCAAAGAGCACAGUUGCCAUAUUCUGUGAAACACGAGCAGAAUGGAUAAUUGCAGCCCAGACCUGUUUCCGAUACAACUUCCCUCUUGUUACUUUAUAUGCCACCCUUGGAGAAGAGGCAGUAACCUAUGGGCUGAAUGAAUCUGGAGCAUCGUAUCUAAUCACUAGCAUAGACCUUUUAGAAGGCAAACUUAAGAAUGUAUUGUCAGACAUCGCUAGCCUCAAACAUGUCAUUUAUGUUGACAAGAAGACUAUCAGUAAGUCUGACUAUCCUGAAAGACUGGAGAUCCAUAGCAUGCAGACAUUAGAAGAACUUGGAGCCAAACCAGAAAACUUAAACAUCCCUCCUAGCCGGCCUCUUCCUACAGAUCUGGCCUUAGUAAUGUACACCAGCGGUUCCACUGGGAGACCCAAAGGAGUGAUGAUGAUGCAUAAAAACUUGAUAGCUGGAAUGACAGGACAGUGUGAGCGAAUACCUGGACUGGGACCUAAAGACACGUAUAUCGGCUACCUGCCUCUCGCCCAUGUCUUAGAACUGACAGCAGAAAUCUCCUGUAUUACUUACGGCUGCAGAAUUGGAUACUCCUCUCCUCUUACAUUAUCAGACCAGUCAAGUAAAAUUAAGAAGGGGAGCAAAGGAGACUGUAGUGUCCUGAAACCCACACUGAUGGCAGCUGUGCCUGAAAUCAUGGAUCGAAUUUAUAAAAAUGUUAUGAGUAAAGUUCAAGAGAUGAAUUACAUUCAAAGAACAUUGUUCAAGAUAGGUUAUGACUACAAAUUGGAGCAAAUCAAAAGGGGAUAUGAUGCACCACUCUGUAACUUGUUAUUGUUUAAAAAAGUGAAAGCAUUGCUAGGAGGGAAUGUACGCAUGAUGUUGUCCGGAGGAGCACCCCUUUCACCUCAAACCCAAAGAUUUAUGAACAUCUGUUUCUGCUGUCCUGUUGGCCAAGGUUAUGGGUUAACAGAGACCUGUGGAGCAGGAACAAUUACAGAAGUUUCUGACUACAGCACUGGCAGAGUAGGAGCUCCUCUUACCUGUUGUGAGAUUAAAUUGAGAGACUGGCAAGAAGGAGGCUACACAAAUAGAGACAAACCAAACCCCAGAGGUGAGAUUAUAAUUGGUGGACCCAAUGUCUCAAUGGGAUACUUCAGAAAUGAAGAGAAAACAGCCGAAGACUUCCUAACUGAUGAAAAUGGUCAACAGUGGUUUUGUACUGGGGACAUUGGAGAGUUUCAUCCUGAUGGCUGCCUGCAAAUCAUAGAUCGCAAAAAAGAUUUGGUAAAGCUGCAGGCCGGAGAGUAUGUAUCACUGGGCAAGGUAGAGGCAGCCCUGAAAAAUUGUCCACUUAUUGACAAUAUAUGUGCUUAUGCCAAAAGUGACCAGUCUUAUGUGAUCAGCUUUGUAGUUCCCAAUCAGAAGAAACUAACUGUUCUUGCUGAACAGAAAGGAGUUACCGGAACUUGGGUGGACAUCUGUAACAAUCCUAUCAUAGAAUCUGAAAUUCUAAAAGAGAUUAAGGAGGUGGCUAACAAAAUGAAGCUGGAGAGAUUUGAAAUACCAGUCAAAGUGCGGUUAAGCCCAGAACCCUGGACCCCAGAGACUGGCCUGGUAACAGAUGCUUUCAAAUUGAAAAGAAAGGAGCUGAAGAACCAUUACCUCAACGACAUUGAACGAAUGUAUGGAGGUAAAUAACCUCCGAACCACCUUCAGUUGGAAGUGUGCAGGGUUCCUUCAAAGACUGAGUGACGAACGUAAAUUCCCCCAAUGUUGGCUGUAAUUGUAAAUGAAGAGGUGGCCAUUUGCGAAACAGAGAAAAGGGACCCUCCAUUUCCAAGAAGGAACAGUGUUCACUUUCUGAAUGCUUUCAAAGAUGCUGUCCAAAUGACUGACCCACUGCCAUUGUUUCAUUUGAUCACUGCCAGUACCGAGAUGGCUGUGUUCAUAUGAAACUCCCUCAAUGGGUAAACCAUUGUUUCACUCAUCUGUCAUGGCUCCUCUUACAACUCAUACGGAAUUAAAUCAUCUUCAAGGAUUCCAUUAUGGUGUUUUUCAAAGUAGAGCCUGUAUUUAAUGUGUGCACUGUAUGAGAAAAAAGUGAAGAAAGAGUAGACAGAACUACGCUAGUAGCUUGCACAGAAUGCUGCUCCAAAAUCCGCAAUCUCAGGUCCUUUGCUAUAUAAAGGUAGCUUCUUUUUAACUUGACUGUCACCCUGAGGAGCUAAGAGGCAGACAAGGGAAGUUCCUCUAUCAAAUGGUUACUUUCGCACAGCCAAUACAACUGACUGACCCUGGUUGGUAGCUUGGAUUUUGCACCAUGCACAUGCAAUUAAGCAGUUUUGCAGCUGUGGAGUUGCUUAUGGAGCUCUUUCCCAUUCAGUGCUGCUGGCUGUAGUUAGGCUGCUAAAGAGGUAAUUUCAGCUGUGCGAAAGUACUGAGGGAAGAGACAUUCGUGGUACUUUUUCCCUGAGUACGAAGGGCCCAUUCCAGUUUGCUCCUUUUCCCUCUACCCUGAAGAAAUGUAAAUGCAGCUUUAAAAGCCCCUCUUUCUCUCCAAUAUCCUUGGCCUUUCACUAAGCACAGGUCACAACAGUCCCUUGACAGAAGCUUCCGAAGCUUCCAAAUGAAGCUUCCGAAGCUUCCAAAUGAAAUGACGAAGGGGGCAAAUGCAGUGCUGAGAUCUUCCGUAUGCCGUAUUCUGAGGAUCUAUAGUGCCUAAAAGGGAGACAAGUACACUUAAGAGGAGGUGAUUGUUGGCCAUCCACAAUGUUCUUUGACCUUUACACCCUGCAUUUCCAACACUGCCACAAAGAUUCUUUUCCUUCUCAAACUUCAAAAGAAGAUAGACUAGUGAAGUUUGCCUUUUUCAGCACUAUGCUGGCUUGUAAAGACAAUGCUGGCAACCGCAUAAUAUCAAAGACUUUAUUUAAAACUAGAUUAUGUCUCUGAAAUCAGUGGGACAAAAACAAGCUUUGACGGGUAAAGAACUGUAUGGCCUGUUUAGCUUUUUAAAAGAUACAUACUUGUACAGCGCAAGUGUGACAUUUUGGGGUCUCUGUGCCUGUUCCUCCAAAUACAUACACACCAGGAAUUAAAUCUUUUGAGUUUUUAAAAACUUUCUUUUUAACUUUGAAAGGGCAUUCUCUUUAUCUUUUAAGACAUCAAACAAAACAAGUUGCUUGUACAAACCGAGAAUUUCUUUUUUGUAUGUGGUGAACUUUGGAAGUGGUUUCAUUUUUUUAAGGAACUGGUCCAAAAGGGAAGAAAACUACUUAAAACUUGUUUUGUCUUUUUCUGUUUGUGAAAAUGGUUUAUUUAAAAACUGGAAAUUCUUGGUGUGCUAUGAGGAGACAGGGUAGGCAGUCAGUCUCGUAUAGUUUGUGGGGUUUGUUUGCUGCAUUCAACAGAAUGUCUUCUUUUUCAUUCAUACUUCGUGCUCGUGUAUCCCUGCUAGCAGUUCAUACUUGAACCAGAAAUACUGUAAGAUGUGGCAAUUCUUGAUGCUGUUCUACUUUUGCACUUUUUCUUAAUCCUUUUAUAUAUGUUGCUUCCAUUUUUGUAAAGACGUGGCCCUUAAUUGCGAUGUGUUACACGUUGACUUGGAUUCUAAAGUAUUUAUAAAAUAGAAUUCUUUUAUUCAUAAUAUUUAAAUGUGUAUAUUAUGGUCAAAAGGAAAAUCAUCUGGUAUUGUUACUGAAGAAUGAAGGGAUUUUUAUAUGAAAUGUCAUUUCUGCACAUGGGCAGUUUUAAAUGCAAACCGGGCAAGUUUUUCUUUCUAUGAGGUGUAUGUGUGGGGUUGGACAACAGUAAAUUUGCUAAAACCUAUAUGCUAAUAUUUCAACCAGAACUGGCUGUCCCAUCCUGAAGGACCAAUUUUAGUUUUAAAUCGACAAGUGGUAUUUUUGAUAUCUUUCACUUGACUAAUUUAUCCAGCCAAACCAGCACACUGCCAACUGAUUUUGUAGUGACUCAAGCCCACAAGUCCAAUCUGGUUGCUGUAAUAGGGCAGGGGAUUCUCGCCUAUUGCAGAAGGGACCAGGGAAAUGUUUCUUGGUGAGUCUUGAACCAAACACAUACACAUGUUUAUAUAUGCAAGAAAUACUUCCCGUAUUGAUUGUGGGUGGUUGUUUUUUUAACGAGUUUGUCUUUGCAGCCUGUUACAUUCAAUCUGUGGUAAAAUUGCUCUUCUAUUUAGACACCUAAUUUGCUAUUUGACCUCCUGUCAAACAUAGAAAAAACAAUCGCAAUACAACAAAUGUAUGGAGUAAACAUCUGUUGUGUGAUUAAAUCUGA